AUGACUCCUAGACUUUCGUUUUCUAGUUUCUCUUCUUGUCACUUGUGCCUUCUUGUUGUUUUGGCCUUGUUUCAUUCAUGCUCAUCCAAACAAAACUCUGAACAUGUAUUAUGCAUUGAUGCCGAGAGACAAGCACUUCUCCGGUUCAAGCAUGGCUUGACUGAUGAAACUCAUCGACUUGCAUCCUGGGUUGCCGAGAACAAAGAUUGUUGCAACUGGUAUGGGAUUACUUGUGAUAAUUCUACAGGUCAUGUUCAUCGGGUUCAUCUUCCUGGACAUGGUGGUCAUUGUCCUGCUUAUUCAGUUAGUUACUUCACUGAAAAAGAAUACACAGAUGCAUCAAAGCAGAGAUUGAAAGGGGAUAUAAGUAGAUCCUUGUUGGACCUAAAGCAACUCAAGCAUUUGGACUUGAGUUGCAAUGAUUUUAGAGGGAUCCAGGUUCCUAAAUUCAUUGGUUCUCUUCAAAACCUUAAAUAUCUUAACCUUUCGAAUUCCAAAUUUGGUGGAACUAUCCCUCCACAACUAGGGAAUCUUUCAAACUUGAACGUCCUUUGUCUUGGAAGUUUUCAUGAAUUCAACGAGGAAUCAACAAGCGUGAUGAAUAUGCAGUGGUUGUCUGGUCUCGGUAUGUUGCAUCACCUGGAUAUGAGUGGUGUGGACCUUAGCAAAGCAGUUGAUUGGCUUCAGGUGAUCAAUACCCUUCCUUCUUUGGUUGAACUACAUUUAUCUAGUUGUGCACUCUCAGAUAUUCAUCCAUAUGUUCAUCGUCUUAAUCUAACGUCCCUUUCCUUACUUGAUCUUUCUGGACAAUUAUCUCUUCUAAGGACGUUAGAUAUUAGUCUAAAUCAAGUUUCUGGUCCCAUACCAUACUCAAUGGGGCGAUUAUCUUCAUUGGAGGUGUUGGAUCUUUCAGAUAACCGCAUAAACGGCAGCCUUCCCAAUUGGAUUGGACGACUAUCAUCAUUGAAGGAGUUAAUUCUUUCAAAUAACCAACUAGAUGGCAACCUUCCUGAUAGCCUUGGUCAACUUUCAAAGUUGAAUUCUUUAGGUUUUUCUAACAAUUCGUUGACGGGUGUUGUGACAGAAUCUCACUUUGCAAAACUAGUGAGCUUGAAUUAUCUAGAUGGAGCAGGAAACAACUUAACUUUCAGACCGCAAGUUGAAAGCUGGAUUCCCGCUUUCCAGUUGCGGGAAUUUUAUUUGAACUCUUGGGUUUUAGGGCCUGACUUUCCAUUGUGGUUGCAAUCACAAAAGAAAUUAACGGAAUUGGACAUAAGUAACACACACAUUUCAUCACCCAUGCCGGAGUCAUUUGUUGAUUCAUUUCCCAAUCUUGCUUACUUAGAUAUGUCAGAAAAUCGCAUCCAAGGAAAUAUAACGUUGUUGGUUAUCCCUGCAACACUUGAGGAAGUCAACUUAAGCUUCAAUGAAUUGCUAGGGUCACUACAACAUUUAUUGUGUUCCAAUGGUGUCACAAAAAUAAAGUUUCUUAACUUGGGAAAUAAUAAUUUGUCUGGCGUCAUUCCAGACUGCUGGGAAAAGUGGCCGAGUUUAGGAGUCUUAAACUUGGAGAAUAACAAUUUGUCUGGUGAGAUUCCAAGAACAUUGGGUUCUAUACCUUCCUUAGAAUUCUUAAGCAUGCGCGGGAAUAAGAUCUCAGGACGUUUACCGUCUUCUCUUAUGAAAUUGAUGAAAUUAAAGGUCCUUCAACUUGGCAGAAAUGAACUUACUGGGAGAAUUCCAACAUGGAUUGGGACAAAACUCACUCUUUUGAGAUUACUCAACUUUAGAGCUAACAAUUUGGACGGAAGUAUUCCUCAUGAGAUAUGUUAUCUUAAAGAUGUUCAAAUCUUGGAUCUUGCUCAUAAUAAUCUUGAUGGAAAUAUUCCAAGUUGUUUUAACAACUUUAGCAUCCUUUCCGGCAUAGAAGCUACCCCAAGUGAUCUUUUUGCUUUCAAUUUUGGCCGCGGACCAGCUUAUACUAUUAUUGGUGAUUCAUUGGUGACAAAGGGACGAGAAGACACAUAUAGCACCAUUCUUGGACUAGUGAUGUUGCUGGACCUUUCGAGUAACAAUCUCGUUGGGCAUAUUCCAAGUGAACUAACAUCUCUGACAGAGUUAAGAUCAUUGAAUUUAUCAAGAAAUCAUUUGACCGGAAGGAUCCCAGAGAAGAUUGGUGGCAUGGAGUCACUUGAAUCAUUUGAUUUAUCAUUGAACAAUCUUUCUGGAGAUCUUCCCAGGAGCUUGUCAAUGCUGAAUUUCUUGAGUAGCUUCAACGUGUCCUACAACAAUUUCAGCGGAAGAAUUCCAACGAGUACUCAGCUCCAAAGCAUGAAAGAGUCCAGCUUCUUAGGUAACAAACUUUGUGGAGCUCCGCUAACUCAAAAUAAAGGUUGUGUACCUCGUACUUCAACAACUGAUACAAGUCAAGAAGUAAAAGAAGACGGCGGAGGAGAUUGGGGGUUAAUUAUUAGCAUAGUGGUUGGUUUUGUUACUGGAUUUUGGAUAAUUCUGGGUCCAUUGAUAGUGAAGAGAUCAUGGAGGAUAGCAUAUUUUAAUUUCUUAAGUAGAUUGAGCUAUAUGGUUUAUAAUGUUACGCGUUCGUAUAAGUUUUGCAUCUGGCAGUUCAAUUUCCGUGAGUUUAACGUGAAUGACGAUGUUUUUGCAAAUGAUUCUGUUGAGCUGUUGAAACAGAGCGGUAUCAAUUUUAAGAAAAAUAAUGAAAACAGAAUUGAUGCGCGUAGAUUUGGCGAGUUGUUGAUAUCUUCAGGGAUUGUGCUGAAUGAUAGUGUGUAUUGGGUAACAUUUCACAGUGGAUAUGAUUUCGGAUAUUUGUUGAAAGUGUUAACAUGUCAGAAUCUGCCUGAUACACAAUCUGGAUUUUUUAGUUUGAUUAAUAUGUAUUUUCCCACCAUUUUCGAUAUUAAACAUCUGAUGAAGUUCUGCAACAGUCUUCAUGGUGGGUUGAAUAAGUUAGCUGAGUUAUUGGAAGUCGAAAGGAUUGGUGUUUGUCAUCAAGCGGGUUCGGAUAGUCUGCUUACUGCGUGUACUUUCAGGAAGUUGAAGGAUAAUUUCUUCAGCGGGUCGUUGGAGAAGUAUGCUGGUGUCUUGUAUGGUUUAGGUGUCGAUAAUUGACGACAAUGGUAGAGGAAAUAAGCAACGAUUUGUUAAAAAAGAUAUCGAUAUGUUGGUUUUGUUUGUUCUUGUUUGCGAUAUAUUCAUGGUUUACAUUUUUUUAUGAUUUAUAAUAAAAAGAUGCAGCUGGUAUUUGAUGUCUA